AGCUUAUUUAACUUUUGAUAUAAAUUAUAAUAAAUACAUAGUUUGUUUGGCUUUCUAUUAAAAGUCAAUUAAAUUAUUGUGGGUAGUAGCAGUAAUUGGAUUUUUGUGUCAUAAUAUAUAUAACUUGAAAUAUUAUAUAAGUGUAGAGACGUCUGUAAUUAUGAAAAAUGAAGGAUUUCAUUUGUUAAGUUAAAUGUUUUUUGAUAGAUUUAAAUGUCAUCUUAGAUGUGUUCCUGAGAUUGUGUAGGGUAGAAAAAACACAUUUUGGGCCAUGGGAAAUGCCUGGAUCAGGAGAUCAAUUUCAUGUUUUUCCUUAUAUGAGCUAUUCAAAUAAAAAACAACAACAUGAUUUUGCACUGAGACUAGAUCAGUCAUGAAGAUUUAAUGUAAGUUUUUAUUGGUACACAAAAAUGAACGUCUUUCCUGUGUGUGGUGCAUAAGAUAGCAUUGCCAUUACUUGAGAACAUUGUGUGGAGUGUUAAUUUUUUAUGUUGCCAACUUGACGCCCCUUGUGAGUAAAUACCUCUGCACCUCUGCCAGCAAAAGGGGUGAGUGUUUAAGUUUAGGAAAAAGACUAAGAUAUAAUUAUUAGUUCUUAAAUUUGUUCAAUCAUUAUAAAUAUUAUUAUCAUAUCCAUGAAUAUAAUAUUAUAUUUAUUAAGUAAUUUCACACUAUCUCACUUUUAUGAAUUUAAUCAUUUUCAUUUCUAAAAUAUGUAGUGAUGGUUCUGCCAUUUGAUAUAUUGUGGAUCAUUUUUUAUCACAGUUUUUGUUAGAUACUAAGUCUAUGUUAGCAGAGCCGUCCAGUUGGCCCUGCUACCCAUAUGACAGCAGGGACCUUGUGCCUUUAGGGGCCCAAAAUUGUGAUGUGUAAAAGAAAAUUAUACUAUAAAAUUUUAUUUCAGAGAGCUCAAAACAGCAACAUGGCAGGUGGGCUAAAAUAGUCAUGCAACUGCUCUGAUAUUAGUAUACACUUUUCAUAAGUUUAAGACACAUGGGUACCAUUUUUUAAUAUAAUUUAUAAUCUACUGUCUUGUAUUGAAUGGUAAUACAGAUUAUUUUUUUAAAAAUCGUUUUCACACUUCAGGACCUGAAAGAUAACCAUGGGAAAAGAAAUUGAGUUGUUAAAAGCAAUUAAAGAGAAAGAUAACAGUAAAGUUCAAGUAAUGUCAUUUUAAAAAAAUCAAAUCAAAUAAAAAUAAUAAAAUAUCUUAUUUAAAGUUAUUUUCAUAAAUUCUAGUUGUAAUUUUAAUUGGCAACGAAAUAUUUUAACAUUAAAUAAUUAGGCAUAGGUAAACUUUAGACCAGGAGUGGCCAACCCAAAAGACUUUGCAGGACCACUUUGAUAGCCAGUAAACCAUUUGCGAGCUGCAUGUCAAUACACCUUAUUUUAAAAUACACACCCACUAAAUGCUGUAUAGAAAUGUUUAUCUAUUCUUAAUGCACAUAAGGAAAUGCUAAAAAAAAAACAGACUAAACAAAACGUAUAUGAUAUCAUUUUAUCUUUUUUCUCGAGGGUUGGCCACCCCUGCUCUAGACUCAGCAGUGUUUGCCAGUGCCUUUUAUUCACUGGAACAUUUCUUCCUUACAUCUUCUUAAAGAUAAAAAAAUAUGGCUUUUAUAUUUUCACAAAUAAUUUUUGAAAGCAUUUAUUAAUUUGAAUACAUGCAUAUUAUAUUAAAUAGGCAUAGCUAUGAGGUUAGAUAACUUGUCAUCAUUAUGUUUCUAAAAAUCAUUUUCUGUCAGGAUAUAAUCUUAGUUGGGGGGGGGGGGGGAAGUAUUAUUUGUUUGGUGUAAGUUUUUAAAUAAAUUUAGUGAAAAAUAUAGAUAAUCAUAAUUCAUAGAGAAAGUGGCUAAAACUUGUACUAAAAAGUAUUUCAAAAACAAUCCAAAUUCAUCUAAAAAUCAUUUUCUGUCAGGAUAUAAUCUUAGUUGGGGGGGGGGGAAGUAUUAUUUGUUUGGUGUAAGUUUUUAAAUAAAUUUAGUGAAACAUAUAGAUAAUCAUAAUUCAUAGAGAAAGUGGCUAAAACUUGUACUAAAAAGUAUUUCACAAACAAUCCAAAUUCCUUAUGAGCAAAAAAACAACAACACAAAAAUAAAGGAUAUAUUAGAAAUAUUACCCACAAGGUCUGCUUUUAAAUCUAUAAAUAUGUUAUUAUUAAUUCAUAAUGUUUAUAAUAAUUCCUAUUGUUAAAUAAUUUUUUCUCUACCAAUUUUAGAAACUCCUAUCAACAACAGUUAAAAAAAGGGAUAAUGAAAGCCUUUACUGGCAAACUAGCCAAUCUGAAAAGCAAAACAUCCGUGUGGAGCUGAGGCAUAUAAAUAUUAAUACCCGGGAGUCAGAGACACAGUACACACCAUUACUUUUAUCUGUGUUAAAUGGUAAUAGUUUCUGUCUAACUGUCAAACUGAUUUUUUAUUUUUAAAAACCUCAUAAGUGCCAGGCAGCAAGAAAUUAAAAAAAAAACAACAAACUUUUCCAUCUAAUGUCAUAUUGUGUUUGAGAGAAAGAAAGACAAUGGAAUUUUGGGCUUUUGUUUAAAAUGAAAAUUGAUUCACCAAAGUUUGUAAGUUUGACAAAUACAUCAUUUGCUGUUGGUACUAAUAAAUCAAAUUAAAAAUACUAAAGCUAUCUUACUAAAAUAAAUAAGCUAAUUUUCACUCUAAAUUUUUAUUAAAAAUUGAUUGGUUAUUGCAAUAGAUUGGUUACUGCAAUAUUUUCCUCUAAAAUAAUAAAGCACAUUUCUUUUUUAAUCAUAAUUCAGGCUCUAAAGAAAUAGCAGAAAAGCUGAUACACCAUUGUGCCAAUGUGAAUGCUACAGAUGUUAAAGGGUAUGAAUCAUAGGCACAAAGCCAAAAUAAUGAUUUAAAUGAUUUUUAAACAUUUUAAUUUGGAGAUAAAAUUACAGUACUAAAAAUGGCACCAAUUUUUCCCCCAUUUGUUUUAGCAAAUGGAAAAAGAUGUUUAUGAGUAGUAUGACAUAUAAUGAGGGCAUAUAUUUAAUUCCCUUUUGUUUUCUUUGUAAAGAUGGUUAAUAAAUGCCAUAAUCAUUACUUUUAUUUUGUUGUGAAACAGGAAUUCAGCACUGCACCUAGCUGUCUUCCAUGGACGCUUGGAUAUCGUGGAGCUUUUGAUUAGCAAUGAAGCUGAGGUAUUUUAAAGGAAAAGCAUUGAAGCUUUUUAAAAAUCUUAAUUCUUUAACUUAGUUAUACGAGUCCUAAGACUAAGGUGUAAAAUUGGGGGAAAGAAUUAUUUUUCUAUUUUAAUCGAGGCAGCUUUAUGUUUUUAUUGAAUUUUUUUGUUCACAUAUGCCACAAAAGUAGAGAAAGUUGUUAUUCUAUUUUCUCUAGGAAGCUUCACAUUUUACUCACUAGCAACCCUGUAUUUUAAGAUAAAAAGAUUACAGUAAUUCCUUGCUAACUGCAUUUUUUUAAUACUGACACAAUGUUUCAUUCUGCUUAGUCAUUAUUGAAAUAGUCACAAAUUUUCAUUUCACAUCGGAUCAGUUUUAAGUGCCAAGAAUAUUCUGCAUAUCAUAAGUAAAUUAGUAAUUGAAGAAGUAUACAUUACUUUAUUUACAAUUGAGUGUUGGCUUCUCAUACUUUGUAAACCAAGUUUACCUUAUGUCACAAAAAUAAAUAACAAUAUAUAUGCUUUAACUAUAUUGAUCUACCCUGAAAAUGGCAUCAUCAUUUAGCCAUGUAUAUAAAUGUUCUAUUAGUUUGCCUGAUGCACAAGUUUGGUACAAUACUUUAAAUUAGUUCAAUCAUUAUUCACAUACAGGUGAAUGCUGAGAAUGAAGAUGGAAACACAGCGCUACAUUUAGCAUGUCAAGGCCAGGCAAUAAUGGAUCUUAGGAUUAAGAUAAUAAAAAAGUUAAUCAAGGUAUGUCAUUAGAAAAUCCUUUAGAAAAAAAAAAAUUAACAAAUAAAACAGAUUUAAUCAACCAUUUACUGAGGACUUGAGUUCCAUAACUAAUUUAAAUGAAUUUUUAAAAAUAUCUUUUUGUCAUACUACAUUAGCUAAAGCCUCUGAAAAUCAUUCAUAGUUGUAAAAAAUUGUAAUAGUUUAACAUUUCAUUGUUAAAUAAUUUUAUUUGUUUAAAAAAUUAUUUAGAUCUAUUCUAAAUGUAAAAAAUAUAAUUUUUCUUUUAAAAUUUUAACAAUUUUGGAAUUAUCACUGUAAGUUUAAAUGGGCGCUAGGAGGGUGUGGGGCCUUGGGCAAAUUGAAUUUUGCGGGGCUGUUGAUGUUAUAUAUUUCGCCGAUAGGAUAUUAAGUCACAUUAUAGUCGUACUGGGGGCCUUGCUGGUCAUAAUGGGACGAGUCAUAACAGAUAUUUGUUGAUUCGCUUAGUUUCAGAAAUUUCUAUUUUUUCCUAAAACAGUUAAUUUCCCUGGCCCAAAUAACUAUCAUGAUAACGAGUAGAGUCCCGCAAACGCAGGGUUUUGGGCGGUCGCCCACUUCACCAUCACCAGGAACAAUAACUCAACCCAAAUCAAUAACCUGAGAAAGCAAAUGCUUUGUCUCUACUCUAUUUACUGCUUUUUUUGUUCAAUAUAAUAAUUAAAGAACUGCAUUCAAGCCUAGUAAAUGAAAUAGUAAAACGAAGUAUGAGGAAGCUUGAAUUAGGUUCCCACUUCCGGCGACAACAAUGGAUAUUUCAUGAGUUGUUUACUGUGCUCUGUUCUUUGUGAUAUUUUCAUUUGUCCUGUGCGCUGAAGAAGGCUCUAUGCCAAAACGUCCUAAUCUUUUUGUCCUGUUCUCUAAUUCAAGCUUCCACAUACUUCAUUUUGCUAUUUCAUUGUUCACUUCACAUGCCUUAUGGCUAAUUGCCAUCAAUAGAGAAAAAUACAACUUGUUUUAUUAUAAAUUUAAUAGCUUUUAUUGAACUUCACUUUAGCUAUGUAGCUCUAUCUUUUAUUUUCCAACCAGUUUCCCCACUUCUUAGACAGAUAAAAUUCCACUUGCUGUAUAUACCGUUCAUAAGCAGACCCCCUUAGUUUUGGCAGAGAAAAACCUUAAAAGUUUGUAACCCAUUCAUAAUAAUAUUCCAGUGGAAGCAUUACAAUUCUGAAGAAAGUAUUUUUUUUAUAAAAUCCAAACUAUUAAAAAAAAUUAUUGCAUAAGUAGAAAAAAUUAAGAAAUUAAAAAAAACAACCAGUAUUAUGUUAAACACAGAUACUCGCUUCUUGUAUCUACUAGUAUAAACUGUAACCAUACUGACCAUUUCUAAAAUUAGGACUGAUAUUUGGCUCUCUUGAAGCAAGUCAUUCACAAAAUGAGGAGAAAACAUGUGAAACAAUUUGGCACACUUCUUUAUUUUGACCAUGGUUAAUUACUUUUUUUAUUCAUUGUUUUCUAUAAUAGACUCAAUGUACGGGGAGAAAUUUAUACAAAUCUCCCAUGACCCACUUCUAAAUACGUCACAUUGGGAAAUGGUGUCAGUGGGCCGUCAAGCGUGAGCUCUUUAUGCCCCCCCCCCCAAAUGCAAACCUACACACAGGCCAGCCGUCGGGUUUCCCCAUCUGCAGACCACACUCCUGGCCUGAGGGAUGCCUGGUUGACUGAAAACACUGCAUUUAAAGCAUUCGCAGUCCACUCUCCCUAGGUUUCUGGUUGGGUUCGCUCCACUCCGGAGGGAAGGUGUUGCGUUACCACCCCCCACCACCCAUGGAGUCCUUUACUUGGGAGAGAAAGCUGGGACGAAACGGUCGCCUAGAACGGCUUUCUCACGGCCACAUAACUAAAAUCAUCGGCAUGGGUUUUAACUGACACCCAAUCCUCAUAUCCAUCAACGGCAACAAGUAAUCAUGUUAUGACCUUGCUACUCCCCUUGCGUUGGGAGUCAUGCAUUUGGGCUUGGGUUUUUUGUUUCGGAAGAACGGUACUUCCCUACUAGUUUGCCACGCCACAAAGAGGCAAACCCCAUGUGGAUGCCCCUGAGUUUUCUCUGAGACGCUUUCCUCAAGAGCAGGAACCAGGAUCCACUUCUAAAUCGACCACGCCUUUUAUUCCUCUGAAAUAUUUUUUUAAUAAGUCGGCUUUUGAAUGAAUAUAUUUUAUGUAGUUAAAAAUUCAUAUUUCUUGUUUGAAGUUUAAAAUAGGAGGCUUAUUGAAAUCAUCAGGAAAAUAACUGAAUUUAAAAAAGCAGAAUUUUUAAUUAAAUCCCUGUUGGAUAAAAAAACAAAGAAAAGAAAGAAAUCCUCUAUCUAUCUAAUAAAGACAUAUUGUUAAACUAGCUAUAGCCCACCAAACAAUGGAGGCAGCUAUGCAUGAACUUCCCAUCUUCUAUAGUUACUUGACAAACAUGUGUUCAUAUAACGCACUUUAUAAGAUUCCAAAUUAGAGCUACCUCCCUGGUAGGCCACCUUCCCUGAACUUUAUUAAUCUUCUAAUGUCCCACCCCCUUUUACACCGAACAUUUAUGACACCAACUAUUUCUGAAAAAUAAAAUUAAUUACAAAGCACUUGCAGUAUCGUUAAGAAUCUCAUUUAGCACAGUUUCAGUAAUUCAUUCAGUAAUUUUAUUCAAUGAAUUCAGGGCCAUCUGGUGGCAUUAGUGACACUACAUACAGAAUUAUGUAUUUUGAUUAUAAAACUGAUUAAUUUCUUUUUAUUAGAAAAAUUCUCAUGGUUCAAAUAAAUGGUUGAAUAAAAAAACAAUAUUUAAAAUUGAUAUGUUUACUUGUUGAAGGAAGUUUAGGUGAUAAUUAAUUAUCUUUACAGUCGGGAGCUAAUGUGUGGACUAAGAAUAAAUACAACCUAACUCCAUUAGAUGUUGCUGCCUCAUUCAACAGACAGGGUAAGCUGAACUGAAUGUGUUGCAGAUAGUGUAGUCUUAAAUUUUUUAAUAAACGUGUACAAAUUGCAAAAAUAUAUUAUCAUAAUAUUGUAUAUUUUAUGUAAUGCAAUGGAGUGUCUAUAAAUGUGUAUAGCUAUAUCAUUAAAGGCAAAUUGACAAAGAAUUUAUUAUGUUACUAAUUUCAAAGUCCAUUGUAUAGUGUUGAAUUUAUUUGUAGACAUUCAUGAAUCUACCUUGCCUUCCCCCCCAUACAUUUCUAUUAAAUUUUGGGAUUAAAAUGCAUUGUCUUUGAGCUGUGAUCUCUUGAACACCCUUUUGAAGGAUUUCUCAUAAUGUUUGUAAUAUAAAAUAACUGGAUUGAUUUUAAAUCAUACAACACCCAAAUAUGAGGUGUGUUGAAUUAGGUUUUUUUAAACAUGGACCCUCAAAAUGCUAACAAAAAAAUAAAUGCCCAAAAAAUAUGUGAGUAAAUGCCAAAGAAACGUCUUUUGUGCUUUAAAAAAUGCCCUUUGAAGGGAUUGAUAAGAUACCUCUUGCUAUUCUACUUUUGUGGACUUUAUGAUAAGUAGACAUAGCACAUGAUUUUUAUUUAAGAUUUGAGGUUUCCAGGGAAAUCUUCUUCCUUGAUUGGCAAUAAAUAAUAAUAUUUUUUUUAUCCAAGAUUUAGUUAAGUAAAUUUAAAUAUAUUCUCAAACAUUUUGAUUAUGUCUUAGAUGCCGUCACAGCAUUACUUGGCUAUGUGCCAACUCUGAGUGAAAAUCAUUGUGCUAUUGUUGAAGCAGCUUUGCGAGGCUUUAAGAACAUUGUUGAGUUAUUGCUUGAGCAUGGGGUCAACCCUAAUUACAUGGACAGAAACCUUGGCUCAUAUGCUUUGCAUGAGGCUAUAAGAUUUAACAGGUAUGGUUAUUAAUCUUACUGCAAAUUUAAAUCUUUAAAUAAAUUUAAAAAAAAAAAUAAAAUAAACCUCUGGACAAUGUUUGUGAGCUUAUGAUGUUGUAAUAAGCAUAGGAAUACACGAAUGGUGUAAGUCUAUCUUCAAGGAGUCUGUCUUCAGCGAAGGAAAUGAAUGAAAUAAAAAAAACUUUAAAAAAAACAACAAACAAUGAACAUGUCAGCAAGAAGCCUUCAUCAGCGAACAAGCAGCUGUAAAAACAGGAGGAGGGGGCAGAGAAAAGGUUUAACAGGCGAAUGAGACCAUGACAUUCAUGCCAUGUGGUGUGAAGGUUCCUUACAUAAGUCUGCCAGAUGUACUGAAUACCUCAGUAAAGUUACCCAAGAUAAGCAGUGUACUACCUCUAAACACUUCCAUAUAAGUGACCAUAAGGGAUCUGCGGAUUUUACUAUCAGUGCUAUCGGGACCUGUACUGACACACCAAACUGGAUGACUUUGGAAAACAAGUUGAUCCAGACUCAUGAUACCUUGACACCACUUGUCAUGUUUCCAUUCUCCGCCCCCUUCUCCUUAUGACCAAUCACAGUGGACUUACUUUUCCUCUCUUGUUUCCCGUUUUGCUUGUAUUUAAUCUCUCACUUACUUAUGUUUUGUCACAUGCCUCUUGCUGUCCUCUCUGAUACUACAUGUGAGCUAAGUGUUAUUUUUAUUUAAAUCUGUUCUUACUGUUGUUUGUUCACUAAUGAACUUGCCGACACAUUCAUUGGUUUUUUGCAUUCUUUUUUUUCAGGUUUCUCAUACUUUGUUUCACUCAUUUCCAUUUUUUUUAACCUGAUUGCAGUCUUUCCCCCUUAUUCUCAUCCUUAUUACCAUGUCCUCAGCAAUAAAUAUGGAAAAGCAAAUGAUUUUCACAUCAGUUUUCUCAAACCAUUUUAAAGGCUAAAACCUUUUAAAGAAGUAUGUAACACUGCUUUUUAUUUGGAGAGAAAGGGGGUGAUUUACUUUCCAAUAUUUUUCAAAACAUGCAUCUUUAAAAAAAAAUGAAUCCCGUACCUCAGACUUGUUAACAUAAUAUAGCUAGAAAUAUUUUUUUAAAAGAAAUACAGAGAUUAGUAAGUAUUUUUCAAUUAAUUAUAUUAUGCAUAUAAAUAUCUUGGAUUCAUUUGAAGAAAUCUGGGCCACUGCCUAACAUAGUGCAAACUAAAUGCCUAUUUAGCACUCGUCCGUCCGCUACUAGAAUAUGUUGCGAUACUCUGGGACCCAUACCUAAAGCAAGAUGUGGACAAGAUGGAGCGAAAACAACGCAACACUGGGCUUCAUCACAAGUGACUACAAACCCACCAUCCCUGGCUUGGUCACUGACCUCUUAAAAAGAUUUGACAUCCCCUCCCUCAAAGACAGACAAGAAAAGCUCCAUCUAAUAGUUCUCUAUAAAUCGGCCACGGGGCUAGUGCCGGUCAUUCCAGCUAACAUGACUUGUAUCUAACCCCGCAGAAGCCUGGUCGCUUAAUUAUAGCCAAACGCUCAAUAAACACUGACUUCACCUCUGACAACUCCAUGAGAAGUUACACCCGCAACAAUGGUAAAUGCUUCACUGUGCCUCGGUGUAACACAGUUCAAUGUAAAAAAAUCAUUCUUCCCAUGAACAAUAAUUGCUUGGAACCAACUGGACAAUGCCGCAGUGGACUCGACAUCAAUCGGGAUUUUCAAGGCUGCCCUGGCACCCACUACAAGCCAUUAGGAUAGCCGCAUCGUUUCCCAAACUGUUGCAAAUAUGCCAGUACUUGGAUGCAUCAACGUAGCCUAUCAGAAUCUUUCAACUGAGCACUGCUGUGUACUAGUAGUUUUGUGUUUGAUUUAAUUAUAAAAGGAGACAUUAAUUUUUACUUAAUUAACAUUGUUAUUUUAAAAAAUAUGUGAGUAAAUUUGUUCCUUCUUGCUCAAAUGUACAAAAAUAGUAACAAAUUGUUAUGCCUUUGUUUUCUUUUAGGCCUGAUGUUGUGGAUAUUUUACUAGCUUUUCAAGCAAAUCCUCAGUUGUCAAAUAUGAAAAAAGAGGUAGACCAAUAACCUUAUCUGGACUAAAAUAUAAGCUAUUUAAAAAUUAAAAUCAUGAAAAAUAUUUAAGGUAACACUUAACGAAUUUUCCCUCAUUCUUUGAAUGACUCAUUGCAUUUCUACUUGUAUAUAAUAAUUAUUAUUUCUUUCUAUUAUUAUUGAGACACCAAAAUCCCUUGCUGCACAGUUGCCUUCUCAGUCAGCUGAGAAAAUAAACCACCUUAUUGAAGGUACUUUUAUUUAUACAAAUUUGCUUAUUGUUAACACAAGUAUAUUCAGUAUAAAUUCAAAGUUGAUCCGUUUGCAGAAUUCCUUGAUAUUAUAAUUCACAUAACAAAUUAUAUAGUGUCACAAAUGUUUUAGAGGACCAUAAAAAUAUAUUAUAAUGGUAUUUUAAAAAAUGAUUUUUAGAACCUUACUCACAGGAUAUGGUCAGAUUUGCCUAAAUUUUUACAAAGCUGCAGCUUUUGGCCUCCGAAAAAAAAUGUCAGAAUUGAGAUCAAGGCAACUUAAUGUUAAAAUUGUAAUUACAUAUUUGGAUUCAUUUUCAAGUUUAAGUAAAUGGUUUCUGUAAUAUCUUCAUCUGCUAUUGUUGUUUUUUUAGUGCCUCCAAACUUCUAAUUACUUUGCCCUUCAUUAAAUCUAAAUCUGGUUUUGCAUAUGACUUAAAACAUAGUUGUAGUAUAGAAAAUAUUUUUCAACCAUUAGUAAUGCUAUUACUUACCUAUCUAUAAUCUAUUGCUUUAAUAGCAAAUAAUAUUCAAUCAUUUAGUUUAGAUAUGUAUUCAUUUUUAUUAACCUCAUUUGGCUUUACCAAAAACAACAUAAUUUCAGACUAAAUUAUUUGUUAGAAAACAUAAAAUUGAUACUCAUAUAGAUCUAAUGUACUAUGAGUAUUUUAUAAAUUUUCAUGUAUUUCUUUUCUCUUUGCUCUCAAAUUUUUCAAAGGGAGGUGAGUUUACAUUUAGUAGGCAUGUUCUCGACUUAAGUAACCUAUCCAUUAAAAACAAAUUGUGACGUAAGUGACAAAAAGAUAUUAAACUAAAUAUAAACACAUGAAGGUUGUUUCUUUUCUAUUCACUUUUCUCAUUUCUUUAAAAAAAAUAACUCAAAUUAUAGAGGUAGCCAUAUGUUCAUCAUUUGUUUUGCUUAUACAUAUUGAUAAUAAGAUCUGAAUAUUUUUAACAAUAUUGCAUGGAAGAGAUAAGUAAAUCAUAAACUGUUUGAAAGUAGGUUUGAGGAGCUUGCAUUAUAAAAAAAUAUUUUUAAAAAGAAAAUGAAUGUGCUUGAAGUAUGUACUGUGUGUAUUUAAAAAGGAUUUAGUUUAUUGCCAUUAAAGGCAAUUUUGCCCUCUAUCCAGUUUAACUUAGUACUUGUACACCUUUUCAUUUGACUCCAUUUGACGAACUGAUUAACCUGGCUAGAAUAACACAUUUUAGAUUUAAUAAAUUAAGUGACUUCACUAUAAAAAAAAAAUACUCCUAUACUAUAAGCAAUACAAACAUUGACAAGAGAAUAGCACAAUAUAACCCAAACAAAUUCUUUUGUUUACACAUAUUCACAUCUGCCAUCUUGGAAACAAAUGGCUAGAUCUAAAUGUCAUCAAACCAGAGACUUGAUUAUCCAUGAUCUUGUACUAAAGCUGAGUCCGUUUAACCAAAAAGUACAGACUCUUUUCAAAAUGUCAGUGUACAUUGUAGAACCCAACAGCUUUUGUGAUCACAAAAUGAUUCACUGAAUGCAAUCCAUUUCCAUUUAUUUGGAGCAAUAAAAGCAUCCUAUCUUUAUCUUAUUUUAUUUAGAAUCUUCAAUUCUUUUAUCUGUCAAAAAGUGACAUAAUGUGUCACUGUCAUUUCUUUAAUUGCAUGCAGUAUAAGAUGACAUUAAUCAACCUCCAGUCCUUUAAAUAACUGUUAGCCUUAAGUUUGUUUGAAUUUAAUACUCUUUGCUCCACUAAAUAAAAUCAUCUCACUUAAAUUGUUAUACUAAAUUUGUUAAUUUGCUCAACAACUUUUACAAUUUUUCUCUAUAUUUUAUAAUUUUCUUGUUUUAUACACAUUGCUGUGGUAUAGAGUAUAAAUAUUAUACAGAGUAUAAAUAUAGUUUAACUUGUAUUUUUAAGUGUAUAUCUCUGUCUAAUGAUAUUUCAUUAUCGGACACUAAUUUUACAAAUUACGCUCCUAAUACCACUGAGUGUUUUUAAUAUUAUAUUUUUGCUUUGGUGACUGUUCAUAAAUGUUACAAAAAAAGCAUUAAGUUAACUUCUUUAAAUUAUAAUUAAACAGCCAAGUAUGGUAAAUCAGUGUUUAUACAUUGAACAAAUCAAAUCCAUCAAUUCUACUCCCUAAAAAGUGUUCAAAAAUUAAUUACACUCCUUAUCUUAUUUUUAAUAAAAUAUUUCUGUUAAACAACAUUAUGUUGCAUGUUAUUUGUCAAAGAAAUGCUUCACUUAACUAAAAAUGUAAAAAUUCCACACAAAAAAAUGCAUUUAUAAACUAAUGUUGUAGCAUGAAAUAAAUUUUAUGUUUGAUUUAUUUCUCAAAACAAGUUGCUCCCCCUCUUCUCCUACCCAAAAACAAUUAUCCAGAGACCCAUUUUCAUACUAAGUCAUAUGUUUAGCAUGUGGAUCUUGAUCCGCUUCAAUAAAGUCAAAAUAAAUUUUCACUAUUUUUCUAGUACCGGUAAAAGAUAUUUGUAUUAUUUGAGUAGGUUCAUUCUUACUUCUGCAUAUUCAAAUUUUCAAAUUCAAUAAGUUUUUGCGAAUAUAUGUGGAGAAAAUAUAUAAUAUUUUUGUGCAUCCUUGACAAGAGGUGUAUGGCAUGUUUGCUUUGCAGCAUUUGAAAUAAGCUUUUAAACCACAGAUAGUUGAAUAUUUUUUGCCAAAUUUAUUUUUUUUAAAACUUAAGUAGGAAACAGUGUACUUGUUGAAAUUUUAAAGAGGAAAAUCAAUUGUCGGAAUCAGAUCUUUUAGGUGAAAUGUAAUAAAAGAAUCUCUUAUAUAUAUUACGCUUCUGGUGUGACUCUUGGUCUGCUUCCAUUUCUGGCUGCUUCCUAUUCAGCGUAUUUGGUAUUGAGAGUAUAUUACAAAUAGUUCCGUAUGUUUGAAAGAAAGUAUGGUUCAAUAAUGAUUACUAGCACCCAGAAUAUAAUUCCUGAUAACUAAGCUUAAUGCUACAUUAUUUUUUUAAUAAUGCAACUGCGUUUGGUGUGUAAUAUUUCCUUUUCGGAAUGAAAUCAUUUCAAUUUAUGUAUGGUGUAAAAAAUUUUAGGUUUAAAAGUGGUUUGGACAUCAGAAUAUUUAAUAUAGUUCAUGGGCAAGAAAUAAAAAGCGUGCAGUGACGUAUCAUUGGGUGAAGAGGUGUAGCAAAAAUUGGGAUUCUUAAAUGUGCGUUGCUUGAGAUUAUGUUUUGUCAAGUAACUUUAGUAGAUGGGAAGUUCCCACAUUGCUAUUGCCAAUGUUUGGGGGCUAUAUCCAGUUUAUAUAUAUUGCACUACUAGAUUUCUCAUUAAUUUCCACCCCAUUCAAAAUCUAAUUUGUUUUCAAAUUUGUGAUACUUAUUCUUAUUAUUUUAAUAUUAAAUAUUUCUCUUGGUAAAGCUUGAUAUUUUUUGUAUUAUUGUGAAGUACAUAAAGUUUGAAAUUUGUAAUCUGUCAAUUACAACCAGAUUUCUCAUCAUGGCAAUGCACAUUAAUAUAUUAAAUUCGUUUUGAUUCCCUAGAGCAACAGAUGAGACCUCCGAGAUUUCCAAAAAUAACAAGAAGAUCUGAAUCGCCAGUGACACCUCAAGAACGGGAAAGCAAAUGGGGUCAUAUUAAACGUACUAAAUUUUAUUAUCACAUAUUUAAAAAUCCUCGAACUUAAUUUUGUAGUUGUUGCCUUUAUCCCUAUGAAAAAUUACCUGGGACAUUCCAGGAUAGUUAGGAAAUUAAAAAUAAUUUUUUCCAGCCAUGAAGGUAGUUAAUGAUCACUUAAAAUGAGCUCUUGUCUUUAAAAAAAAUAAAAAUUCUGUGCUCUCUGCUAGAUUAUCCUCCACUACCAAAUGACAUAACUUGGACACAGAAUCGACCACUUUAUUGCAGCUCAUGUACUGAGAAGAACCCCAACUCACAUAUACUGGAUGGUUUGUGUUUUGUUAAGAGUUUAAGUAUACGUUUUAUUUAAGUGUAAAUAAAUAGUUUCCCUUGUAUUAAUGAAUACUGUAAAAGAAAUGAAUGAUGCCCACUCUUCUGUGUUCGGUGUAACAACUGAUCUUUAUUCUCCAUUAUACACCCUUUUUAUACCUCACAAUCAUGAUCACUCAUUCCACUUUUCCAAGCAUUUAAGUUUAAAACAUUCAUGAAUAAAAGCAACUCACCACGUCCAGUCACACCACAUAAUAACAACACAGGCCAAUCAGGUCAUAAAGUUACUACUAGCAAUGAUAAUCGUUAAUCAUACUUACUAUCACUAAAACCGGUACGGUACAAGCUUAAAUGGAUGUAAAAAUGAUACAUUUGUUGAAGUAUCCAGAAUGAAGGCAGUGGGAAGGAUCACAUUGCCUGACAUCUUUAACAAUAGUAAAGAUAUUGGCACUUAAGUGAUCUGUGGGGGGAAAUGUGAUCUGCAAGAUCAAUAAAGCAAUGAGGAUAGUUUGCAUAUUUGGUGUCCAGCUAGUAAAUUUUGAAUCCCACAUUGUAAUGCAUUUUAUUUCCUUUAUGUAAAACAUUCACUAGAUUGUAAAAACUCCAGCUUGAGCUGUGCUUAAAUUUUCUUAAGUUCAAAGCUUAUGUAGCUUUGAGUCACUCAGGAUGAAAAUUUAAAUCUUCCAACAGGUAACCCAUGCACAUUUUGGGUGAUCCCUGUAUUACAUGAUGCUUGGACAAUCCUUGACCUUCGCAAUGAUCAUAUCAUCACUGGUAUAACAAUAUUUGGCUGGUAAGUGUUAAAGAAUUGUUCAAAAUAACAAAUCAUAUCAAAUAAGUUUUAUUUAACACAAUUUUUAUAUCGUUUGAUUUCUAAUUUUCAGAAAUAAAUUUAAACAUAAUAAAUGAUGCUUAUUUAAUAAAUAAUAUUUUGAUGUUAGUGUUAAUUUUAUUCCUUGUGAAACAAGAGGAACUUCCAUUGCUUGCAGUUGACCCUUUGUUACGCAAUGUUAUCAGUAGGGAGAAAUUAAUCUUCUAUUUACAUGUAUGGCUCGUUCCAAAACAGUGCAUAACAAAAGAUGAUACCAAAUGAUAAAAACAAUAAUAAAUAAUAUGAUACUCGAAACAGGGCUAAUUACAAUUAAUAAUUUUUUAUAAGUUAAUAAUAAAGUACCAAAAGUCAAAAAGAAAUAUAAUUUUAAGAAACUAUUAACUUACAGUAUAUUGUGUGGCUGGUACCAGUACAAUGUCGAAUAAAAUGCGCAAAAAGGUAUAAUUAAUGAAAGGAAAUAUACUGUUAACAAAGCACUCACAUGUUCCAAAAUAACUCUCUCAUGCUGUCUGCGUCUUUCUCCCCUGCAGUCUGCUAUUUCAUUCAACCACUGGCCGUAUUUUUAGUCUUUUCCAUAGAAAAUUCCAGACGUAUUACGCAUUUUAGUAGUGACUCAAACGUUCUACAAUUUUCUAUCAAAUUCGAGUCAAGAAAACAAAUGAUAGAUUGGUUUGUGGUAAAGAAGAUCAAAGGGAGUAAGCCACCCCCAAUACUAACGCAGGAGAAUUUUUGGUCAGCUUAAGGUCGUUCAUCAGGAAAGGAUUAAAUGAGAGUAAAAUAUUGAACGCCUAUAUGUAACACCCUUGGAGACUAAAGGGCCGAUGAGAUCGGCCCAAGAGUCGAUUGGCAAAAAGGUGAGUUGCCAAUCCUUCGGCCCAAGCCUUCAAGUUCUUGAGAUUGGCUGGCUGGUCUUAAUACCAGCUAAUCAGAUUGCUUCUCACAUUUGUUGCACAUCUCAGAUUAAAAUGGCGGCUUCAUUGAUAGUUUAGGGUGUUUAGGAAGCAUAAGUGCUCCCAGUGGAAUUCAUUAUGCUGUCUUACACAUUGAAUAUCAUUUAAAUCUUUGUUAUGACAGUUAAGGUCAGGUCUUGUGGUUUUUAAGCAGAUAUUUUACGCUGCCAAGAAGCGUGUCAAUCAGAUUGUUUGUCGUGCAAAGACUACGUAUUUUAGCCAAAAGAUAACUAUGGGUAAAAACAGCAGGCAGUUGUUUGAUGUUUGUGGUCACCUUAGGGGGAGUAACAAAGGAACUGCGCUUCCUUCGGUGUUUCCCCUGCCCAAGCAACCAGAUAUUUUCUGUAAUUUCUUUACAAGCAAAGUAGCUGACAUUCGAGCUGAGCUUGAUCGUCUUGAUGCCCCUCCCCUUGAAUUGCCUCCUUUCCCUUGUCUUACUUCCCAUUUUAAUAUUUUUAAACCUGUUUCAGAACUUGAGGUAAAAAAUAUAAUCCUAAAAUCUAAACAUACGUCAUGUUAUUUGGAUCCCAUCCCAACCCCCCUGUUGGUUGAGUCAUUAGAUAUCUUGCUCCCAACAAUAACCCGCAUAAUAAAUGAAAGCUUAUAUUCUGGCACUGUUCCGCCUCUUUGCAAAUCAGCUGUCAUCAAACCAUUGCUUAAGAAGCCCGGUCUGGAUGAAAAUAAUUUAAAAAACUAUAGACCUGUAUCUAACUUAUCAUUUUUAUCUAAAGUUAUUGAAAAACUAGUCCUAAAACAACUUUUUGCUUACUUAAAUGAUCACUCUCUUCUCAGUUCUAAUCAGUCGGCCUAUAGACAUUUCCAUAGCACGGAGACAGCUCUCUUGAGAGUCAGUAAUGACCUCUUGCGCGCAAUGGACAGCGGUAAUGUCUCCAUUUUGAUCCUCUUAGACCUCAGUGCGGCCUUUGACACUGUUGACCAUGAAAUCCUUUUCAAAACCCUUGAAAACUACUUUGGAAUUUCUGGUUCGGUUUUGGCUUGGUUUAGGUCCUACCUCUCUGAUAGAACGCAAAUGGUCUCUGUCGAUGGCUGUCUCUCCGGCAGUGCUGAUUUGGUGUACGGAGUGCCACAGGGGUCCGUUUUGGGUCCGGUUCUAUUCAUAAUGUAUACCAGACCACUACUCCUCUUGCUCGGGAGGCAUGCUGUUGAGAACCAGUCAUUUGCAGAUGAUACACAGCUAUACAUGCAUACCCAUCCAUCUCUUGUCGAUUCCGCUGUCCAGACUUUGCGGGGGUGCAUUGAUGAUGUCAAGUCUUGGAUGACACUCAGCAAGUUGAAGCUUAAUGAUGACAAAACAGAAGCACUCCUCAUUUACAAUCACAAAUCAUCCUCUACCUCAACUCUUCCCACCUCAUUUCAAGUAGGUAACUCCGACAUACAGUUUACACCCUCUGCUAGGAAUCUUGGUUAUAUUCUUUCUAACAACAUGUCUCUCGAUAAACAUAUCUCUCACAUUUGUCGUUCGGCAUACACCGCCAUCCGUCAGAUCAGCUCCAUCCGCCACUACCUGACAGUUAGCGCAACAAAAACUCUAGUCUGUGCUCUUGUUCUCUCUCGUCUUGACUAUUGCAACUCACUUCUGUCAGGUUCACCGAAACAUUUUAUAGAAAAACUGCAGAAAGUUCAAAACUCUGCUGCUAGGCUUGUUCUUAAGGCAAAAAAACGCGAUCACGUCACUCCACUACUCCACUCACUACAUUGGCUCCCUAUACAGGCACGCAUUGACUACAAGCUGUCUCUUCUCUGUCACAACUUUUUCUCGGAUUCCUGCCCUUCCUAUCUAACUGAACUUCUUUCUGUCUAUUCACCCCUUCGACAACUUCGCUCCUCCGCAGACUCGCGUAUUCUGUCCGUUCCCAAGACACGCACUAAAUUAUAUGGUGAACGAUCUUUCUCUUUCUGCGCCCCCAAACAAUGGAAUUCUUUGCCACUACACAUCCGCAAUAUAACAACCACACAGGCCUUCAAAACUGCACUCAAAACACAUCUAUUUAAACUAUACUACUCUGACUGAUUCUCCUCCUAUAAACCGAUAAACGUACAUGGGUUUCCUUGUAAAAAUGUCUGGUGUGGGUGGAUGAAUAUACCUAUGGUGUUGUUUUGCUUAUAUGUUGUUUUUAUUUCAUUUAUGUAUUUUAUUUUAAUAUUAUGAUUAUGCCUCUUUGCUAUAUAUGUACAGCGCGGUGAGCCCAGCCCUAGGCCGGGGGUACCGCGCUAUAUAAGACCACUUAUUAUUAUUAUUAUUAUGACCUAUUGAACCUCCAAUAAUCAGAAAAUUGACCCAAAUUCUGCAAGUAAGUCUUGUUUAUUUUGAGUGUUAAAAAAAUGUGCAUGCAUAAAUUAUUCAAAUCAGGAUAGUUCAUUUGAAUAAAUGAUUAUGUUUUAGCUUGAUUCGUAAAGAUGGCAUUAGUUCAUUUAAUUUCCUACUAGAAUGCAUAGUUUUAUGCAUGUAAUUUUAUAUCUUUUUUUUGCAAAAUAAAUGUAGGGUGUGUGAAAAGGCUCCGUCUUCUUGGAAAUGAAACUCCAAGAAAGCUGUUUUUACUUUAAAGGGUUAAAGAACAUUUUAUGAACUUAUGUUAAUAUGUUCACCUUUUUUAUUCCACAGGAACAGUAAUCAAAUGUUGAAAACAUUUCUUCUUCAAACCUCAAACUCAAUGGAGUAAGUAAUUAACCUAAUUCUCUCAAAUUUAUUAUAGUUAUUCAUUUUGUGUAGUUCACAUAGAUUGCAAAUAUCAUACAAAGAUGCAUUGCGGUAGCGCUACUGAAUUUUUGUGCGAAACUGCAUAUGCUACUUUUUAUAAUGCGAAGAUAUUUUUGAAUAGGACGAAGGAUGUAAAAAUGUAUUCAAAUUAUUAAUGCUAUAGUAAAAGCAAGUGAUUGCUCAGUCCAAAGCUCAUGGGUUUGUAUCCUGGAUGUGACUAUUUCAAUUAAAAGGACAUUUUUGAAUUCUAUCCCCAUUGAAGAUGAUAAUAAUAGAAUAUGGAACUGUGUGACUUAAAAUUGGGUUCAAUAAUAUCUUUUUUUUUUAUGCACUUCAUGUUUUUAGAGGUCCAUGGACAACAGUUACCUCCCAUUCAUGUGAACUUCUUGGCAGCACUGACCCAAAAGAGACAGGUAUUACUGCUGCUGCUAUUCUUGGAUUUUGGAAGCCCUAUUUUUUUUUUUAAGGAACAUAAAAUAUCAUUAACAAAGCACAACUGCAUAAUAUCUGGGACUAUUUAAUUACAUUUUAGAUGCAUGUAUAUCUUAGAUAAAAACAUUUCCUUAAACCCAAUUUUUACAUUCAUGUUCAUCAUGGGAAAGAGCAAAAAUAUGGAUUAGCAAUAUUUCCAAAAUCACACAUUUUGUUGCACUUCUAUUCCUAUCAUUUUUGUGUUUUUAAUUGUGAAAAACAAAACCCCUCUUUCUCCGGGUUAAUCUGAUUAAUGAUUGAAAAUUAUGGGCACUUUUUUUUACCAAAGCCUUUGAACUUUAACUGUUCCCUAGGAAUAAGUUUUUAAGCGAUAAAAAUAGUUACUUCAUUUCCAUUAAGACUCCGCUAUAAAAUAAGUUGUUUAGUUUUUUUAAAAUCAGUUUUAUUUGAAAAUUAAUAUUGUCUUUCAUAUUGUACCCAGCGUUCCCUCAGAAGUUUGACGGCUUUACAUUUCGCAGCCGUUACAUUCGUCUCUACCUUGUGGACAAUCAUAAUGGAAGCUACAUUUGUUUCCAAGGUAUUGAACUUCAUGGAGCUGACUGUAAAGUAAUAGACGCCUUAAGUGAUUGUGGCUUACAUGAAGCUUUAGACAGUGUCAUAACCAAGGUUCGAUUCUACUUAAAUCUUCUUGAUUAUACAGUUUUAUGGCAAAUAAUAGAUUCUACUCUACUCAAUUUGAUGUAGCUUUACCUAUUCUAUUUAUGCAUGCUUAUAUUGUAGAUAAAAUGCUCUAUCACUUAGUUACUAUUGCAUGUUUUAGAUUAAACUAUAAUUUAAUAGCUACUCAGUGGUAUUCAAAUUUGAGGGGACUAAAGAUGUCCUGUUCAGUUCCCUUCUAGACCAUUGGAACUACUCCUUUUUACAGUAGUGCUUGUGAAGGAGAUAAAUUUCAUGAUAGUAGAGUAACUCUGUUGAAGCUUGGAGGGAACUACUGACUUGAAACCAUGCCAUUGAUACCCUUUAACCACAAGAAUCAAGACAUUUGAAAUACUGUUCAAAGUUCCUUUUGAUGAAAAUAUCUCUAUAGCCAUUGUAAAAUAUACAUUGCCCCCAACCCCCUUUCCCCCCAACCAGCUACUUGAUAUGAAGUUUUGAUCAUUGUUAUUAUAAUCUUUAUGAUUUAUACUCAUUUAAUUUAUUAAUAACUCAAUUAAUCGUCUCCCCUAAUUUAUCAUCCAAUUUAUCAAUUUUAAAUUUUUUUAAAGCAGAGUGAGGAGGGGUACAUUGUUAUUCUUUUUCUAUGAAAUAAAGUUCCUUUUUUCACUGAAUGUAAUAAAUAAAUAAUGUCUAUAAAAUGGCAGGGAAUCAACACUUGGAAGCGGCUUCUUGAUAUCUCACAGUCACUGGUUGAUGAAUUGGUAAGGCUUCUAUGUUGUAAGUCUUCUAAAUACUUCUAUGUGAAUUUGGACAUGAUUUUCCACAACAGAAAUGCAAAAGUUUACAACCUAAUGAAUUUUUUUAAAAAUUAGAAAAUUCAGAAAAAAUGUCCCCAUCCCAUCUGUUCCUUAUUUCUUAUUGCUUUCAAAUAAUAUUAAACAUCAAAAUAGGUUGUAAACCAACCUGGUGUAUAUAAAUUGGCAUAUUUUAUGAAGUUAAAAAUAAAUUCAUGAUAAAGUAAAAAAAUUUCUAGAUAAAGAUUUUUGAAAUAAAUAUUUUUGCCUGUAGUAAUAGUAAAGAAAAAAAUAUAUGAACACGGAUAUCAAAGUUGAAAAAGUUUAUUUCAAGAGAAAAAAAAAGGCAUUUAUAAGUGUCAUAAAUGUUCUUUUCUUUAAUAUAAAAAAAAGAUGGAAGCAAAGCGUACAUUUUAAUUUAAUUUUUAACUUGAAAAUUCAUUAAUUUUACUUCACUUUUGUAAAAAAACGUUAAAAGGAAUCUAUAGCAUGCACAAAGCAACACAGUCCUUUUCUUUAAAGAAAGAUUUACUUAUCACACAUUGACUUUUCUUUAAAUAUAAGGCACCUCAACACAUCUUUGAUCUGUUAAUUCUCAGCAUGCUUUAUGUUAACAGCUUUGCCUUAGCUAACUAUAAAUACGUUGAUGUGUUUCUUUGUCAAGGUGUCUGACCAAGUAAAGAAGACAACAUUAUGGGAAAUUAUAUACAGAGAGAGAAAAAAAAGUACGUACCGGCAUGCCAGUGACAAAGGAGCAGACUUUUUAUUCAUGGUAGCUAACUUUUCAUGAUGGCUAACUGUUCAUAACAAACAGCCCAUGAAAAUCUCACAUAAAAUUACAAGUGCAUAAAAAAAAAAUCAUAAGGUCAUUCAUAGUGAUAUAGCUAUGUAUUAUUUUUAGUUGUUGCUUUAAAUUAAAUUUAAAGUUAAUCAGUACUGGGUAAAAUCAUUUAAUUGCUAUUAACAUUUUCUCAGUGUAUCCUAUGACUGUUCUCACUUGGAUUGUUCCCCCACCUGCCACAGUAUUUGUAGAUGAAGUGCUCCUUGAUUUCAGUGUCCAAUCAGAUCCUGGCGUUACUGAGGUUGUGCAGAUUGUUGUUCAAAGUAAGAUUAAAUUAUUAAUAGUUUAAGAUCAUUAUUCAGAUAUUUAUUCAGUGCUAACAAAUAAAAGUAAAGGCUCAAGAAUUUGUGAUGUAAGUUAAUAUUUAAAAUAAUGAUUACCAAACACCAAAUACCAAAUGACUACCAAACAGCAAAUGACUGUCUACCACACAAAAAAUAACUACCAAACACAAAAUGACUAUCAAAACAAUAUUAUGGGUCUAGACUAGCAAAGUUUUAUAUUCAGCCAAUAACUAUUAAAUCCACUAAUGAAUGCAAUACUUUUUGCUUGUUAUGAUUUACACUUUUACUUAAAUCUCUCCUCAUUUAUUUACUCAAACCAAUUAUUUCAUUUAUACUAGAAUCUUCUUGUUUUAACCACCAGAAACAAAUGUCAAAGCUUCAGAUCUCCCACGAAUAAAUUCAACUGAGAUAUAUUUUCAAGUCAAGAUAAACUAAUUAUCUUGCACCUUGCAAAAAUUUUUUUACUUGACGUUUACCUUAUUACUAAUAUUACAAAGACUAUUUAAAUGUAUUCUAUUAAUUUAAUGUUGCUACCUGUUCUGAAUAUUUAACAUGAGUUGUAAAAUGACCACAUAAUCAAAAGAUACUGAUAGUCCUGAUUGUUUUUUUAAAUAAAUGAUUACAAUACACAAAGCUUUGUUAACAAAUUUGUUUAAUUUCAAAGUGAUUUUAUUUUUAAACCCUCAGAUGCCCAAAUCUCUGGCAACACUUGUAGACGAUUUGCACCAAAUGGUGAGGGAAAACCAUCUGUUGCCACAUUUUCUAACAUCUCACUCAAACCAGGUAUUUAUUUGUUUUAUAAAGUGACUAAUAGAAUGUAAUAUAACUGAGUGAAUAAAACUUCUACUUUAUUAACGAUGAUGUUUCUGGCGUCAAAUUUUUGUUUAAUAUCAAGACAUAUAAUAAGUUACAGUUAACAAAAGCUGUUGAAUAAGUUCAAAGACCAUAGUUUUUAAACCCGUCUUAGGAUCAUUUGUAGAAGGGGUUUGGGGUUAAACCCAUAACAGCAUAAGGGGGAGAGGGGUUGACAUUGAACUUGGUCAUUAAACUAAGCAAACAGUUUUAUGCUUACUAGUUUGCGACAUAAAUACUUACCUACUUAAUAAGCUGAAAUUAUGAUGCUGACAAGAAUAAGCCAUAAUCCCUGAUGCUUUAUUCUGAGAUUGAGAUCAGAAAAAAUAAAAAAAAUUUAAGUCCAUAUUAUUAUUAAGACCAGAAGAAAAUGAUCUGUCGUAGCUUUUUGAUGAUGCUGUAAAAAAAAUAUAAUCUAUAUCAUUUAUUUUGCAAUGUAGACACAAAUUAGUUAACUUUUAGUUUUCCUACCAGCUGGCAUGUAUCACUUGAUGGUGAAAGGAGUCAGCACAGAAAUCACUUUACUUGCUCCAAGACUUAUUGAAGUCCGUAAGUAAUGUCAUAAUCAAAACAGGAUAAUUUUAUGUUGCAUAAAGACAUUGAAAACUAGGUGUAUCUUUAGUACACUCUACUCAGAAUUAUUUGUCUGCUAAGCACCACCAGUCUGUGAGCUUUCUUUUGGUGGUAGAAAAAGUUGAGAUAUUUAAAAGGGGGAAAAAAUUUGCUGGACUGUGCAUACUUCUUGAUACAGUGUAGUAAGGUUUUAAAACCACUGCUCUACUUAUUACUGUCAAUAACCUAAGGGUAAGUAUGAGAACAAAUAACAAUAACCUCAGGGUGUGUGUAUGAGAACAAAUAAUAACAAUGUAAACAUUUGAAACGCUUACUUGCUGUAUUUACACCUUGUUGUCUCAAAUUUAUUUCAAACUGCUAAAUGAGAGAUCAGUUUUACUAAAUAAAACAUGCAGCCUUUUUAAAACAAAAACCUUUUCUUGUUAUUUUUCUAAGGUCCUGAGGUGAGAUCAGAAAGUGACAUUUCAAAUGCGUUUGAUGAGAUACAGCAGAUGCUUAGUGAAGUUCAGGCAUCAUUCUCAACUAAUAACUGAUCGGAAAUGUCAAUAAAUUCUUUUUAAUUGUUCUAAAAAAUCCUUCAGCACUUGGCUGGUUAAAAAAGCUGAACCCUUACGGACAUGUUCACCUAAUUUUUAGUCAUAGCCCAGCUAAUUUAUUAUAUUCAUUGACUGAGCUUGGUUACACCUAAGCUAUAUGACUGAUUUGUCAAUUAAGUUUUUUUCAGGGAGUGGGGGAUGCAAAACCAAAACUUGGCCAGCUUGUUGAGUUGAAGGCAACACAGUACAUAAUAAUUUAAUUUUAAAUGAACGAAUAGUUCUUUUUUUCCUUAUUUAAUGUCUGUACAUUUGAUUUUCUGCUGUCCCAGAUACUGAUACCUUGUAAAAAAAAUCCUUCAAAUUGGGAAUGAGUGGGUGGAUACCCCCAAUGCCAUUCCACCCCCUUCCCUACCCAAAGGAAGUCCAUGAAUAUGAGUCACUUAAAAUAAUUCAGGUCAAUUGUUUGAGAUUAUCAGCAUUGUUUUGUAUAGAUAAAUGAUUUAUUUUAAGUAAUUAAUGUAAAAUAUUUGUAGAUAGACAUUUAUUUUUUAUCUUUUAUAUACUCUUAUUAAUUAUUGUACAUGAUGACAUACAAUAAUUGUAUAAAUUCUUGUGUCAUUUUAUCUAAUAAGAGAUUGAUUAAAUUCUGAAGUCAUUUUUAUUUCAGAAAACUGUAGGCCUCUGUACAUAUUAUAACUGUCUCAAUAAUCUGUAGACAGAGUUUUAAUUUAAUUAAGAGUGGCAGAAACUUUUAUAUUACCUAAAUGUGCAGAUGAAAGCUUUAACAAUGAAAUUCACAACCUGUAACUGUAAAUAUUGUGUUCAAAAUUUAAGCCGUUUAGUAGGUACUCCAACUCAAAUUUUUAAAUUCAUCUGACACACACAAAGAGCAUAUCAUUGGAAAGAGCUGGCUUUAAGCUUUCUAAUGACACCAAGAUAAUCUUUCUAUCACUUAUAGGAGAAAAGUUAUGAAUUUUUUAGUGAUUUAUUUUUCCCCACUAUUCGGCUUUGUAUUUAAUUUUUAAAACUGUGAUCGCAUUAUUACUCUUUUUGUACUAUUUUGCUUGUAUCUUUUUGGCCAUUAAAGUUAGAGCUAUCAAAUUUGGAGGAGAUAUUUGCAAUACAAUGUUUAACAGAAUAGAACACAUGAAUUGUGAAUUGACUUAUUAUAUUUGUAAAAAUAUGACUUUAUGAGCAUAUGGCGUGGAUAACGACAAUUGACGAAAAAUUUAAUUUUACAAAAAAUGUCAUAAUUACUAAACCAAUAAAGCUAUUGCUAUAAAAUUUUCACUACAAUCAGAUAAUGUACAUCUAAUAGUAAAGCAAAUUCAAAAUAAAUAAAAUGCAGAUCAGAAAAAUGUAUGUGAUAUUAGAAAAAUUAUUUAAAUAAAAGCUACCGCGGCCGAGAAAUUUUUACAUUUAAAUACAUAACUUUUAAACUAAUAAAGCUACUGCAAUAAAACUUUCAGUACAAAUAGAUAGUGAC